GAACAAGAAGAAGCAUCGGGCAGCGGGUACAUAUACAAAUAAGUUUAAAAAUAAAAACAUUCCGUUUUAAAUCAAACUGAUAUUUAAUUUUCCGGGCGCGCACAUUACUAUACGCGCCAAAAUUUGGUCAAACAGCUGUUUCACCGAGCGAAACACAAAGGCACCCGAGACGUUGUUGUUGGCUACAAAUAUACAAGCAAACCAACAACAGAACAGAACAGCACAGCACUCAUAUCUAAUAUUUUUCCGCUCUCACGCUCUAUAAACGGUCAGCGGAACUUGGCCCAUUUCAUCCUCAAUAUUGGGAAUCAUAUCAGUUUGUUCUGUUCACUUCGUCGUGGCGCACGGGAGGAAUCAAAGGCACAGCAGCGACGAGCUCUCGCAAUGAUUUGUCAUACCUUAAGAGGGCACAACGACAGUAGGUCCGGCCCAGCCCAGUCUCAUUGUCAGUUUCAGCGAUAUGCGCUACAUAAAACCGGAGCCGUAUUAUGAAGGGCUUCCACCGUUCAACGUUACCGGCAGCCCGUUCAAUGUGGUGCCAAUACACAACUAUCCGGAGCUGAUGAAGGACACCUGCGCUCUGAUCAAUACCGAAUGGCCCAGAUCAGAGACGGCGCGAAUGAGGUCCCUGGAGGCUUCCUGCGACACAUUGCCAGUUAGUUUGGUCCUCACCACAGAGGGCAUGUGCCGGGUUAUAGCUCACCUCAAGCUCAGCCCCAUUACUGCCAAAAAGAAGGCCUGCUUUGUGGAAUCUGUUGUCGUGGACAAGAGCUAUCGGGGCCAGGGAUUCGGCAAACUGAUUAUGAAGUUUGCCGAGGACUAUUGUCGCGUUGUGCUCGACCUGAAGACAAUCUAUCUAUCAACCAUCGAUCAGGAUGGCUUCUACGAGCGCAUCGGCUAUGAAUAUUGUGCGCCCGUCUCCAUGUAUGGGCCGCGUCACUGCGAGUUGCCCAGCUUACAAAAUGCCAAAAAGAAAUACAUGAAGAAGGUCUUAUAGACAUCAACGCCAGUAGAAGUAGUGAGAAUGGCCAAGUUGAGCAGUGCCGGGCAGGAUCAGCAGCAGCAGCAGCCCUUGGCCGUUAA